AUGGCGCCAGUUCUAGGCAAACGAAAGGCGAGGCCGGUGGACAGAGAACCCGCUACCGAGCCGGAAGAUGCCCAAGCCAUCUUCCGGCGGCACUUCGAAGCGCAAUUCAAGCCGCUGCCAGUCGCUGCUAAGCCGGCCCUGGCAGCUGGGUCAGAGGAUGAGACGGACUCAGAUGGGGAGGAUUCCGAGUGGGAUGGCAUCUCAGAUGAGGACGAUGACGAGACGGGCCAAGUGGAGAUCAUCGACCACGCAUCAUCUACGGAUUCGAAGAGCGCUCUGUUGUCCUCGAUGACCAAGCGGGAGCUGAAGGCGUUUAUGUCCUCCCGCCCACCCCCCGACCCAACCACAGAAGCCCUCAAAGCCUCCCUCCAGAAACCCACCCCGAGCGCCGACGCCCAAGACGAAGACAGCGCCACCUUCCUAGCCAACGACCUCGCCCUCCAGCGCCUCAUCUCAGAGAGCAAGAUCCUCUCCGACCACAACGCCACCCUCUUUUCCUCCUCCUCCGCCUCCACCUCCGCCUCCGCCUCCGCCUCCGCCUCCGCCUCCGCGACCGGCAGGACAAGAUCCAAGGGCUACGCAGGCGGCCGCCUCCGUCUGCAGACGACGGACCUGCGCGUGCGCGCCCUCGGCGGCCGCGACAGCCUCAAGGCGCUCUCGCAGCGCGGCGCGCCCAUGGCGAUCCGGAAGGGCAUCGCCGGGGCCGCGGCCGCGCGCGAGGCCAAGCGGCGCAGGGAGGCGCGCGAGAACGGCGUCGUGCUCGAGAGGGAGGCUCCGCCGGCGGAACGGGCUCCUGCGCGUCGGACGCGCUCCCGGUCGUCGGCGGCGGUCGACUUACCCGCUGUUGGGAGGUUGCGGGGCGCGGAGCUGAAGUUGAGCAAGAGGGACAUUAGGAGUAUGGAGGGGGGUGAUGCGGCUGGGAGGGGCCCGUUGAAGAAGAGGAGGAGGAGGUGA